CUAAGAGCCAACAACGUGUUUUUCUGGCAACACUAUGGGUGUGAUUUAACUGAUGGAAAGUGUCAACCCCUCCCUUAGUUUUGUUGUAGAAGUGUACUAUUUUGGGCAUUUUUAUUUCUUCAAUUAUAGAUUUAUCACCAUGCAUAGUAGAAAGCAGGAUAACAGAUUUCCCUUUUUUAGGGCAGAUAUUUAUAGUUUUUCUUAGUCAAAAGCAAAACUCGAGGAAAGCACUUCUUUGUUUUUUGAUGGUAGGAAUGAAUGUGGGAUUUCUCUCUUAUUUUUACGCAAUGUUCCCACUAAUGACAACUUGCAGUCAGUUGCUGCCUGCUAAAGGUAUUGACAUAAACCAAUUAUCGGCGGUGAUGUUACGACCUGUCCUAUUUAUAGUAUUUAUAGGUUCUGUAAUUUCUUUUACAAUACUAACCUGAGUGGUUGAUUUAUGUCUCUUCGGCCAUUUUCUUUUUCAAUAUAAGGUGUAGCGUUUAUCAUGUAAUAUGUUUUGCUAUCACACAUGCACACUAGUUUUUAAAUCAUAUUUUUAUCAGGCCUAGAAGGAAUGUAAACCUUGAACGGACACUUACCUCGAAAGGCAAGAAGUUGCUCAUCUACUGUACAAUAUGCAUGGGGUGUGUAGCAAAAUUUGGAAAUAAAAAUGUUCCACAGGGCACGAAUAGAAGCAAAUUGAUCAUCCUCGUCUUGUGUGGAACAGUCAUUGAAACAUUUGUUAUCUAUCACAGUGAACUAUGGAUAUUGUCAAACAGAAUCACCACGAGCAACAGAGUCUUUGUAUGACAAGGCCUUCCUAUAGACAAGGAGGGAAGCUGACUGCAGUGAAGGUGUACACAGUGUGUGAUGAAUCAGUUCAUCUGAUAAUAAGCAGAGUUCCUGCUAUUAAGCUACACUCCGAGCUGUGUACGCUUUGUAACCGCUUCGGAGAUGUCACCAGAUGUGUCCAAGUUCCUAAUUAUGAGACUGAGGAAUCAUUCGUGGAAACAUAUCAUGUGCAGUAUGCAAGAAUACAGUCUGCUAGGUAUGCAAAGAAACAGCUGGAUGAAAGAGCUUUCUACGGAGGUGUGUUGCACGUUUGUUAUGCCCCAGAACUGGAAACUGUUGAAGAUACCAAACAAAAACUCAUUCAAAGGCGUAAAGAAAUAGUAACUAGAAUUAGGAGAAGAUGUGAAAGUCAUAAGAGGUAAGAGGAA